AUGAAACGUGCGCAAUCUCCCUGUUUACAUGACAGCGGCCAUGACGAGCGACCGGCCAAAGUACGACGGCAGGAGAGUUUGAGCACCCCCUCAGGAUCACUAAAGAGAGACCAAGAAGAGCAGAUCACAGUACAACAUCCGCCUUCACCCUUCUCUCCCAAUCCUGACAGUGAGAAUCCGGUCAAUUUGGAGCGUCAAGCAACGACUAGGCUUUCCCUCACGAAUACGGCGACAGAACAUACUGAUAAAAUUUUUGACUGGAUACCCGCACCAUCCGAGAUUGGUGAGUUGGAUAAUAUGAGCCAACCGGCAUCGAAAAGAUCGCGAUCGCGGUCGAUCUCCACUGAUCGUGGGCGGGCGCGAUCCCUCUCGUCGGACAGUGACAGGAGCUCGGCUCGAGAUGCCAAGUCAUCCGCGUAUAAGGCUGUCAACUACGUUACAAUUCUCGAGACUAAAGGUUGCUUCAUGCGACAGUCAUCCUCUGGUCCUCACCCCGACGACAUUGCGCUCUGCGAGCGACUCCUCCAUCAACCGAUCGAACCCCCCCAAGGCACAUUGUUCGAUGAUCAAUACAUUACGGACUUUCACAAUGCAUUGCAGAAUCGGUCAGAAGCGCGUCUUUUUGUGGACCUACACCCUCUUCUCAUGCCAUCCGCCGAGAAUCAAUUUAUCCAGGGAAAGACAAGACUGAAGGAUGUCAUUGAUGGAUAUAAUGAUCUGUGGGUCAAGACAGAGCCAAUCUAUGGCCCAAAGCCACAGCCAGAUCACGCGCGAGGCUUGAAAUGGUCGACGUUUUCAGAGAGUCAACGGCGAAGACUGGGAAUCAAACCAGAUGAUAAAUCACCAUAUACAGCUCGAGAAGACAUGUACUUCCCUUAUGUGACAGCGGAAAUCAAAUGCGGGAAUCAGGCUUUGGAGCUCGCGGACCGGCAGAACAUGCACAGCAUGUGUAUCGCCGUGCGAGCUGUGGUUUCUCUGUCUCGGGCCGCGGGUUGUCCUGAAAAGGUACACCGGAGGAUUCUCGGCUUUUCCUUGUCUCAUGAACUUGAAGGGCUUCGGAUAUAUGGGUACUAUCCUGAAAUUGAUGGCGGGAAUACAUCAUAUUUCCGCUGGCCAGUUGCGCAACUCAACAUCUGGACGAAGGAGGAUAAAUGGGCAUGCUAUCGUUUUAUGGAGAACGUUGACCGUGAAUUUCUACCGAUUCAUACCGACCGGUUGAUACGAUUACUAGAAGAUGUUCCAGAACUAGAAGAAUACUCAUUGAGUGACGAUGUUGAGAUCGAAUCUCAGGUGUCACGCAUCGGGUCCCAGGAGCGUUCCGGGCUACGCCGAACAACAUCCUCACUGGGUCGAGGCUUACAACCAGAGCUACGCAUGAUGGUUCAGACAUUGCAGCAACAAUUAGCAGAGCAGAAGGACCGAGAAGACAAGCUGCUGACGCAAUUGGAGCGGCAGAGGGAGCGAGAAGAGAAGCGAGAAGCAGAACAAAAGGCACGGGAAGAAAAACUGCUAUUAAAGCAAAGAGAACGAGAAGACAGACUUCUAGCUCAGUUGGAACAACUUACCCAGAAACUGACUAAGUAA